ACCCCUGCUGGUCAAAGACCAGAUUAAGAUCAACAGACUCGAGAAACAAGCUGAGGAAUUCCUCAGUGCAGUCCUCUACAAAAAAGAUGUCCCCAGCUUCUCGGACCUGCACAUUCCAGUAGUGGCUCGGGAGAUAAUGCAGAGGAUGAUCCGCCAGUUUGCUGCCGAAUAUACCUCAAAAAACAGCUCCUCUUCUCAGGACGUCCCCUCUGCCCCCAGCCCUGCUACCCAGGCCCACUCAGAUCAAAGCCUGCCACCUCCCCCCUCGCUGCCCCCUGCUGCCAGCCUUGGUGGUACUGCGACAUCCUCCGUACCCAGCCAGAACCCUGUCCUCUCCAAGCUGCUUAUGGCCGACCAGGACUCGCCUCUCGACCUCACUGUCAAAAAGCUUCCGCCACAGCCUGUAGAACAAGAUGGAGUCUUGGACCUGUCACUCAAAAAGGAACGGGCCAGAAGCAGCAUGUCAUCGCACCACAGCCCUCACCUUUCCCAGAUGUCCACUCUCAGAGGGCUGCACCCCUCUCUUGAGGAGGAGGGGGAGGGAAUCAAGCUGCUUGUGCUCUCGUUCAGAACGCGUUCCCUGAGAGCUGACGGACAGGCCGGGCUGCCUAUGAGGAGCCUGCAGGAUGGGAGGAGGAGGGAGAAUUUCGGCCACUCCGCCCCUUUAAAGCCCACCUCGCCACUCGGUCUCUUGCCGCACAUCAAACAGGAAGUGAACCAGGAUUCCGACACCGAGUUGUCUCCCAACCAGAACCAGACCUCCAGACCCUUCGACCACCUCUCUCUCUCUAGGUAUGGUUCUCCGUCCUGGGCCUCCAAGACUCACUUCGGGGCCCUCUUGAAGCUCCGGGCCAACAGCGGAGCCGGGGACCACCUCAAAGACCUACCGAGCCUGCUGGAGGCCGCGGGGCUCUUCAAGUCCCCCUCCUGUGGGAAGGCAAUCCUCCAGGAGGCCCGGCGAGACCAGGGGCUCUCCCUUUCUCACUCCCCGCCCGUUGACCUCAAAAUCCCCCAGGUGCGAGGCCUAGGAGGCCUGGGGGUGGACCUCUCCUGGGGCUCUCUGAGCUCUGAUUCCUACAGCCUCCCUAACCCCCACUGUGAGAACAGCCUGGGGAAGAGGCUGAGGUCCAUCCUGCCCAAACACGGUCGCCGGGGAAGCAGUGGAGGUCUGGACGGGCCUGUAAGAGAUGGGGAGUACUGGGGUUCAUCUGACGCAGACCGCCCUGCCUCUGGGGGGCAGUACCCUACCUCUGACCCUGAGGCAGACCUCUGCAACAAGCAGCCGAGGAAGAAGAGGGGAAGAUACCGUCAGUACAACACAGAGCUGCUAGAAGAAGCUAUAGAAGUGGUUAUGGGGGGGAAGAUGAGCGUGUCCAAGGCUCAGACCGUCUAUGGGAUCCCUCACAGCACUCUGGAGUAUAAAGUCAAGGAGCGCCUUGGCACCCUGAAACACCCGCCCAAGAAGAAGCUGAAGCUGAUGAGCCACAUGGAGGAACUGGAGGGUACGGAGGCCCCAGAGGGCAAAGAAGCUCUGGAUGCGCCUCUGGACCCCCAGGAGUCGCUGUGUGAGGGGAGACAGUCUGUGCCCAGAGAAAAUGGCAGGGAGCUGCUCGGCACAGGCCUCUCACCAGACAAGUGA